AAUCGAGUGCUCCCACGUCCCACCUCCUCCAUCAUCUGAUCAUCCUCUUCCUCUUCCUAUUUAAACUCUCCCUCGACCAACGGCGUCGGAUGAAUCGUGUCCCAGCAGCCUGUGACCUGACCUCACUCUGUCCCUCACAGAAGCCGAUCUGGUCAUCACCAACCAGCUCUCGGCAGCCACACGGCCGGCCAUGGCGGCGGCAACGGCUAGGCAAGCCAGGCGGCCAGCGGCCAGAGCAGCCCUGCUGGCCCUCGCCGUGUGCCUCCUGCCGGCGGUGGCCCGCGCGCAGCUCCGGGUGGGGUUCUACGACACCACCUGCCCCAACGCCGAGGCGCUCGUCCGCCAGGCCGUCGCCGCCGCCUUCGCCAAGGACGCCGGCGUCGCCGCCGGGCUCAUCCGCCUCCAUUUCCACGACUGCUUUGUCAGGGGCUGUGAUGCUUCGGUCCUCCUGAGCGUGAACCCCGGCGGCGGGCAGACGGAGCGCGACGCCGCCCCGAACAACCCGAGCCUCCGCGGCUUCGAGGUGAUCGACGCCGCCAAGGCCGCCGUGGAGCGGAGCUGCCCGCGCACCGUGUCGUGCGCGGACAUCGUGGCCUUCGCCGCCCGCGACAGCGUCGGCCUCACCGGCAGCGUCGCGUACCAGGUCCCCGCCGGCCGGCGCGACGGCCGCGUCUCCAACAAGUCGGAGACCGUCGACCUGCCUCCGCCCUCGUCCACGGCGAAGGAACUCACCGACCUGUUCGCCGCCAAGAACCUCACCCUCGAGGACAUGGUCGUCCUCUCCGGCGCCCACACCGUCGGCCGCUCCUUCUGCAACUCCUUCGUCGGCCGCGUCUGGAACCAGACCGCCACGCCCCCCGCCGCCAUCGUGGACGCGGGGCUGAGCGCGUCGUACGCGGCGCUGCUGCGGGCGCUGUGCCCGGCGAACACGAAGCCGGAGACGCCGAUCACGACGGCCAUGGACCCCGGGACGCCCAACGUGCUGGACAACAACUACUACAAGCUGCUUCCGCGCGGCAUGGGGCUCUUCUUCUCCGACAACCAGCUGCGCGUGGACGCGCGGAUGGCCGCGCUGGUGGGCAGCUUCGCGGCCAACGAGACGCUGUGGAAGGAGAAGUUCGCGGCGGCGAUGGUCAAGAUGGGCCGCAUCCAGGUGCAGACGGGGGCCUGCGGGGAGGUCCGCCUCAACUGCAGCGUCGUCAACCCGACGUCGUCCAUCGCGCCGCCGGCUUCCAGCGCGCCGCCGGCCGUCGACGAGGAUGCCAUCGCCACGAGCUAAAUCUGAUGAUGAUGCCUCUCCGGCCGCCGUUGUCGUCGUCGUCGAUCGAUUCACGAUUUAUUUGCGCACGUUUAAUUUUCAUUUCUAGCUUGAUUUUGUCGCCUGGACGACACUGUUGUUUUUUGCUAUGCCGAUGGCAGACUAGCUUUUGGACGUACCGAUGCGAUCAUCUCUCAGACGGCCGGUGAGCAUCCGCGUCUCAUAUAUAGUCUGCACUUGAACUUUCAGUGGUCGAUCGACUAAUAAGCACGUACGCGAGCGUGUUUCGUGUUGUUGUCAUAUGAAUACUGUUGGUCUGAUGAUCAAUGGGAGUUUGUUAUUACUUCCAUUGCCAUAUUAUAGUAGCUCGAUCUUCA